AUGGCGUCCAUAGCAGAUAUCAAUAUCUCAAUAGAUCGUGGUGGUACCUUUUGCGAUGUGUUGGUUCAGGUCCCAGGUCGUGAAGAUAUAGUGUUCAAGUUGCUAUCAGAAGAUCCGCAGAACUAUCGUGAUGCGCCGACAGAAGCAAUACGAAGAGCACUGGAGACGAUAGAAGGACGACAAAUACCUGUCGGGCAGCAACUUGAUGGCUCAAGAAUUGCAUCUUGCCGUAUUGGAACCACUAUCGCCACAAACGCCUUGCUAGAAGGUAAAGGAAGAAAGUUCGCGUUAGUCACCACCAAAGGUUUCAAGGAUGUUUGCGUUAUUGAUGACCAGACUCGACCAAAGCUAUUUGCAUUGAAAGUGAGAAAGCCUCCCGUUCUGCAUGCGAAAUCGGUAGAAAUCGAUGAGCGCAUCACAAUUGAAGACUAUGAUUUCAAUCCAUUUCCUUUAAACAAAUCUACAGCAAUCACAGACCCCGCCUUGGUGCGGACAUCAAGUGGCGAAAUCAUUCGGGUCAUCAAGCCACUGGAUCCUGCUGAAGUCCGAGAAGUAUUGAGUGGCUUGAAAUCUGAGGGUUAUACAUCCCUGGUAAUCUCAUUCAUACAUGCAUACCUGUAUCCUGACCAUGAGGAUCAAGUUGCUGAAAUCGCUCGCGAGAUAGGCUUUGAGCAUAUCACCAAGGCAUCAGAAGUGAGUCCUACAAUCAAGUAUUUGCAGCGGAGUACUUCUGCUUGCUCCGAGGCCUACUUGUAUCCCAUUGUGAAGGACUAUGUUGCCGCUUUCCAGGCCGGAUUCAGUUCUCUUCCGCGUCGUGUGGAAUUUAUGGGUUCUGAUGGCGGAUUAAGGCAAGCUGCAAAGUUCCGGGGAAAUGAAGCACUUCUCAGUGGUCCAGCAGGCGGUGUUGUCGGAAUUGCCCGAACAUGUUUCGACGCUGCCGAAGGAACUCCUGUUCUUGGAUUUGAUAUGGGUGGAACAAGCACCGAUGUUUGCAGGUUUGAUGGAAAAUAUGAUUACAUCACAGAGACAACGGUUGCUGGUCGCAAGAUCACGGUUCCGAUGCUAAAUAUUGCAACUGUCGCAGCUGGUGGAGGAUCAAUGCUCUUUGCCCGGCAUGGAUUGUUUGUUGUGGGACCUGAGAGCGCAGGAGCACACCCUGGGCCUGCGUGUUAUCGAAAGGGAGGUCCUCUCACAGUCACAGAUGCCAAUUUGUUCCUAGGAAGACUGGUUUUGUCUUCUUUUCCAGCUAUAUUUGGACCUAACGCAAAUCAGCCUCUGGAUUACGAAAUCGCAAAACAAAAGUUUGAUGAGAUCACUCGUGAAAUCAACGAACAGACAAACCAAACCCUCAGCUCCGAGGAAGUUGCUUUAGGGUUCCUCGAUGUUGCAAAUGAAACUAUGACUCGGCCGAUGCGAAAUGCAACUGAAGUCAGAGGAUUCGCCCCGAGCAGUCACACUUUGGUCAGCUUUGGAGGUGCUGGUGGUCAACACGCCUGUGCUAUCUCCAAUAAGCUGGGUAUCACCCGCAUCUUGAUUCACAAGCAUUCAUCAUUGUUGUCGGCUGUGGGAAUUUCUCAGGCAGAUUUGCAGGUUGAAAAGACCAUCCCCUUUACGGGCUUCUUCCACAUCGACGUGCUGGAUCAGAUUCGAUCCAAGAUCAAGAUUCUCAAAAGUCAAGUUAAAGAAGAGCUUGCGUCUCAAGGAGCCGAUAUAACCAGCAUUGUUUUCGAAGAGUCCUUGAGCAUGAGGUAUGCAGGCACUGACACCAAUAUGGUCAUUUCCAAACCAGAAGACGAAGAUUAUGGAAAGGUCUUUGUGGGAUCACAUUUAAGAGAAUUUGCCUUCGUGCUAGAUCGGAAGAUCCAUGUUGACUCAGUCAAAGUUCGUGGGGUAGGAAGGAGUGGCAUUUCAGCCGAGACCACCUCUCCCUACCCAUUACUAGAACAGGUCAAGACUCGCAAAAACUAUCUCCAGUCAACACAAGUUCAAUCUGUCUUUGUGGAUAGCAAAUGGCAGAAUGUUCCUGUCUUCGAACUUAGCUCGGUCCAACGGCCUAACCAGGUACGCGGCCCUGCGUUGCUCAUUGAUGCCACCCAAACAGUAUUCGUUGAGCCCUCCUUCAACGCAUACAUUCUACCAGAUCAUCUUGUGCUUGAGCGUGAUGUAAGCAAGAAUUCAGAGACGGAAACUGCUCUGAGUUCUGAAACUAUCGACCCCAUUCAGCUAUCUAUUCUCUCUCAUCGAUUCAUCGCUAUUGCUGAACAGAUGGGGUAUACCUUGCAGCGGACCUCCAUAUCAACUAGUAUAAAAGAGCGUCUAGACUUUUCUUGCGCUAUCUUCUCCCGAGACGGAAAAUUGGUUGCGAACGCCCCUCACAUCCCUAUUCACCUGGGCUCAAUGCAAUAUGCAAUUCAAUACCAACACCGCCUCUGGGAUGGAAAAUUGAAACCUGGUGAUGUUCUCCUCAGCAAUCAUCCCGAGUGCGGCGGUACACAUCUCCCGGAUCUCACUGUCAUCACCCCUGUCUUCUUAGAUAAUGAGCCUGAGGUUGCGUUCUACGUUGCUGCCCGAGGCCACCAUACCGAUAUCGGUGGUCUUGGAAUUACAUCGAUGAUGCCAGGAUCGAAAGAGUUAUGGGAAGAGGGCUUCAAUGUCCGGUCGAUGAAAAUCGUGGAAAGCGGAGUAUUCCUCGAAGCGGAUGUACGAAAGGCAUUCUUGGCUGUAGGCAACUUCCCAGGAUGCAGCCCGACUCGUCGCCUAGAUGACAAUAUUUCAGACCUCAAAGCACAAAUUUCAGCAAAUCAGCGAGGAAUCUUGCUCCUGCAAAAGAUGUGUGACCUCUGGAGCUUCCCAUUCGUCACUAACUACAUGAAUGCAAUUCAGAGGAAUUCCGAAACCGCGGUCCGAGAGUAUUUAAAGAAAGUCGCUUCGUCUACAACGAUGCCUCUGACGGCCAGUGAUCACUUCGACGACGGCACUGUGAUCAAAGUCUCCAUAUCAAUCGAUGAUGCUGGCGGUGCAGUGUUUGAUUUUGCAGGGACAGGUCCUCAGAUGUGGGGAAACUAUAACUGCCCCAUCUCUAUCACUCACUCAGCAGUGAUCUACAGCAUUAGAUGUCUUGUUGACGCUGAAAUCCCCCUCAAUGAUGGAUGUCUAGCGCCAAUAGAUAUUCAAAUUCCCAAAGGUUCAGUUCUGCGACCCGGCGCCUCAGUGGCGAUCUGCGGUAGUACACUGGCAAGUCAGAGAGUCGUCGAUACGAUCCUAAGGGCCUUCAAGUCAUGCGCCGCAUUCUCAGGCUGUGCCAACAGCUUUGGUUGGGGCAUGGGAGGAAAGAACCCAGAAACCGGUGUCAUUGAACCUGGAUGGAACUAUGGCGAGACUGUUGGAGGAGGAUGUGGUGCCGGACCAAGCUGGGAUGGAGAACAUGCCAUCCAGGCGCAUUCGACAAAUACCAAGAUUACUGAUGCAGAGGUCGUGGAGAAACGAACGCCUGUUAUCAUUCGCAAACAUGCCAUCAACCCUGGAACUGGAGGAGCCGGGAAAUACUGUGGAGGUAAUGGCGCGGUGCGGGAGGUUGAAGCUAGAAUCCCUAUGCGAUUCAGCAUUCUGAGUGACCGACGAGUCUAUUCUCCAUAUGGCAUGAAUGGUGGCCAGCCAGGAACGGUGGGUCGAAAUUAUGCAUUCAAGUGGAAUGAUGAUAAGACGGCGUUGGAGAAGACAUCUUUGGGCGGAAAGGCAGCUCUAGCCCUAGCUGCUGGCGAGAUCAUGCAGAUAAACAGCCCAGGUGGAGGAGGUUGGGGGUCGAUUGAUUCUUAA